CAUGUCAACGUUUGGAAUACUUUCAAGCUUGACAAGACUUCUAAAACGACAUGAACAUCAACUGUCAAAAAUUUUAAAGGAGUCUUGGGAAUUUAUAAUAAACUUAAAAACAUUAGUAGCUACAAUAUGGUCCAUGUUCCUGUAUUAUUUGUUUAGUGUAUUUGCAAUGCAAAGAAGUAUUAGUUUGGAAAAAAUAAAUGAUACAGAAGUGGUGUCAAAUGCAAGAAAUACUGCACUCAGGCAUAACUCACCAGACGUUGUCGUACCACAAAGGAGAAGGUUCAGAGCAGCGGGGAGCAUAUUCGAACAAUAUUGUAUAACUAUUAAGCCAAAACUAUAUAGGAGCAGCUCCUUGUCAGACCUGACUGCGCAUUCAAGCGAUUUCACACUAGACUACUUCAGGAACAGAAUUAAAGCUGAAAAUAGACACAAGGAAUCGUACUUCAAUAGCGCUGGCGACGCCGACACAAAACACUGCAGAAACCAUACCGACACAUUAAUGUCGUGGAAUUUCAAAGGGAAAAAGCCGAAGAAGAAAGCGGACAUGUCUCCUGAAUCAUACGCAUCCAAGUUUGCCGUCGAGUAUUUGAACAAUUUUCAGAGAGAAGACAUAGACCCAAAUGCCUCAUCGUGUGCUGACAAUUCCAGUAACGAAAGCACAGACCAAUUGGGAACUCAGAAGGCAGCUGCAUUUCCCUUUAAAUCAACCCCCAGCGGCAACCUGAAAGUCCAAUCAAACCAAGUAGUAUUUCAAUCUUCCACGGUAGGUGUUUUAUUAGCAGACCCCACGCAAGCUAAGGUGAAGGUAAAAUUCGAAGGGAAAACAGGAGGAGAGCAUGACGAUGAAAUAUCACAGAACUUUGACCCUGAUAUGGAGUCGGAACCACACCUACACUUUGGACCCAGAGAAACGGUCGCCGCGACUGUUCAAAGCGUGGGAAAGUGUCCUCUUGCGACUGAUCGGAGCGCACAAAAACCAAAACAGUCGUGUGUUAGAGAAGAUAAAGGCAAGGACUUGAGUACUCUCGGUUACGCAGUAGGAGAACCCAUAGACUGGAUGCGAGUGCAGCUGCCUAAGAAACAAGAUCUAUUUCAAGAGUUUUAUCGAAGAAUUCACAAUUACAUAAAUACUGACACCGUGAUACACAUCGGCGAUGAGGAGUUCCACUGUCACUACAUUGUGUUACAAGUUUAUUCUUCCUUCUUUGAUAUGAACCCGCAUAGAGAAAUCGAGCUGCCUAUUAGCAACGUGACACCAGAAGCUUUCCAGACUAUUUACGAGUGGAUGAUUUUCAAUGGCGUUGAAAGCAAUAAACUACUCAAAAGAGACAAUAUUCUCGAUUUAUUUUAUGCUGCGCAAUAUCUUGCUAUCAAAGAUUUAGAAGACCAAUGCUGGUCCUUCAUUGUGAAUGAAAACCUUUUUACGGAAGACACAGCAUUCGCUUUAUUCAGAGAAGCAAGGAAGAAAGGAAUGACACCAGUUAUGGAUUUAAUGGUCCCCCGCGUUAUGAGGUUUUUCCUACCCCUGGUCGCGUCAAGAGACUUUAUCGAUCUUGACACAGAGGAAUUAAUGAUAUUUCUGAAAUCGAACUACAUAUCAGUCACGAGCGAAAUUGAAGUCCUAAUGGCGGGCGUGCGCUGGCUGUACGGCGACUGGUCAGCUCGCCGUCGCUUCUCAGUGGAGGUGAUGCGGUGCGUCCGCUUUGGCCUCAUCUCCCCGUGGCAGCUGGUGGACAUCAAGCGCAACCCUGACAACGCUGAGAUACUGGAGAUCGUCAACGAGCCUGAAGUACAGCAGAUGGUCGAUGAUGGACUCGCCUACGUAAUAAUAAAGUAUUGGUACGGCAACAACUCGAAGAAUUACUAUCACUGGAUCGAUGUGCUCGGACUAACGGAACCCGCCGAGAGGAAUUGGAUCGGCGAGGAGAAGAACCAUGUAACGUACAAGGACUUCCUGAGCUAUUUGGAGCAGUUCAUGGUGCCCAAGGACCAAAUGUACCAACAAAUGGCUAUGCUGCAACCGCCUCGUAGAAAUGACGAUAACAUACCAGGGAGUAUGCGAGGUAUGGACAGCGAGAAAAUAGAAAUGAGGCGGCCAAAGAUGGACUUUCCAUUGCCAGCUACACUGAAAGGACUUACCGGCGACAAGGAUAAAUCAUUUCCCACCAUGAGUGAAUUCUUUGAAAAUCGAAGAAAGACUCAAGAAGGCCUGCAGUCAGUUUCCCCAUCGAACAGAUCACCGACAUCGGUCGAUGUAGACAUGCCAAUGCAGAUGCCCACUGUUACGGAACCUAGAUCGAGGGGUCCCGACCUUGCUUGCAAACAUCAGAAGCAAUUCGAGGAGCAAAGGAAACAAUUAGAACUUCAGAAGCAACAACUGGAGCUUGCUCAGCAACAGCGACGCAAACAAAUCCAACAGAUUCAUAUGUGCACCAUUGAACAGGAAAUUGGAUCACAUAAACAUGAGCAGAUAUACGAUCCACCAGAGAAGGACUCGGAAGAUAUGAACACAACCAACAGUGAGACUAGCAGUGGAACCGUCGAAACCAGUGUGACUGAUAAAAAUCAGUUUUCAAUGCGAAGAACUGAGAAGAGACAUAGUGUGGCAGCCUCGUACCUCGCCGCAGCCACCGCGGCCUUAGCAGGAUCCAGAAGCCCCACGUCUGGUCAGCCCCGUGCGCAAACGACCACAAACGCAUCACGGUCAGAAGCAACACCAAGAGCCAACGCCCCGAUGUCGCAGAACAACAUCGGCAGCCCGCUGAUAUCACUCUUCAACCAGUCCAAGGAGUCUCUAGCUAAGACGAAUAUGAACAAACUGUCAACAUCAAUUCUGGGUCCUUCGAACAAGAAUUACAUCGCUGAAGGCUCCUUGUUCAACUGGGACAGAGAGACUGUCCUAGUCUUUGGUGGAAUCGAUCUCCUCACACCCUACGGGUUCGGAGGAAAUACUGGGAAGUAUAUUUAUAGGUUCGAUCCAGUGACCAACGUGUGGGAUUAUGUAGGAGACCUGCCUGAGCCAAGACAUCAUCAUUCUGUUGCCUUCUUGAGGGGUCGAGUGUACCUUGUCGGAGGUGCAGAUCCCCGGGAUGACGACAUCAGGGGCAAAUCAGCUGUGGUCUCCACCGUGUGGAGCUUCGAGCCGGUUUCACGCUCCUGGUACAGUGAAAGUGGCCUCAUGACUCCUCGGAAGAACUUCGGUCUGGUUGUGCAUCGUAUGGCCAUGUAUGCUAUUGGUGGACUGGAUAAGAAGGGCAGAGUUCUCCGUUCAGUAGAAAAGUUCGAUCCAAAGACGGGAUCUUGGACCGAAGUGCGUUCAAUGAGCGUUUGUCGAAUGGCGGUGGCUUGUGCCAAGUAUCGCGACUACAUCUGGGUUGCUGGCGGCAUGACUGGUGAAAAGAAGAAACCAGUCUGUAAAAUUGUUGAGUGCUACAACUCUAAGACCAAUGAAUGGACAGAAAUACACAGUCUACGGUUUCCCAGAUGUUUUUCAACAAUGUUUGCGAUGAACGAUAAAUUGUAUAUCGUUGGUGGUGCUGGCAAGAUUUCGGAUAAGGAAAAGACAGUGAGUAGCGUGGGUGCGAUAGACGUAUGGGACUGGCAGAUGCGCAAGUGGAAGCAGGAGACGGAGAUGUCCAUGCCGAGGCAUGGACAUGCACUGGCAUAUCUCGGCACACAGCUCAUUAUUAUUGGUGGUGUGACAACAAUCUACAUGAGAGCCUUGAACAACGUGGAGUCUUACUGCUGCGAGCGCGGCGCGUGGAUCCGAGGGGUGGCCACGCUGCCCUCGCCGCUGUCAGGUCACGGCGCCGUCACGUUACCGCCCGCCUCACUGAUGUGACCAUACCUCUAUAUUUCGCAGGUGGACAGCGUCGUCGGUGGAGAGGACUUGGGCUAGACGAGAUCUUUUUACUCUGUGACGUGGAUAAUGUCUGCCGUGGACUAAGUAGGAAUACUUUAAGUGCACUGUUACUGUAGCGUAUAAAGAGUUCGGGACUAAAUAGAAAUUUCCAGUACAUUGUGACGUAUCGCAGUAAGUUAAUGAAAUCGUGAGUGUUUUGUGAAAGUUUACUGGGAUACAUUUUGGCAAGCGUUAAAUUAUUGAUAAAAAUAAAAGUAUGUUCAAUCAUUUUGUGAUAAUAAUAAAUAUUCGACUCAUUUUAA